GGCCUAACUAUUGGAAGGACACAUUUCUUGAGCAAUGAUUGACCAGAAAGAAGCACGCUAGAAGAGCGCACGAUAAAGUCGAUAUUUGCUCAGCUAUGUAGCUAGCUACUGUAGUUUGAUUGUUUAUUGAACUACAGUUUAAGUGGCCCUGGUAAAGUCUCGCAAGUUACAGAAAAUGACCACUUUAGUUCUUGAUAACGGAGCUUAUUCGGCCAAAAUUGGAUACAGCCACGAAAAAGUCAGCGUUAUCCCAAAUUGUCAGUUUCGCUCCAAGACGUCAAGGUUGAAGACUUUUACCGCCAACCAACUGGAUGAAAUCAAGGAUCCCUCAGGACUUUUCUACAUUCUCCCUUUCCAAAAGGGUUACCUUGUUAAUUGGGAUGUCCAAAGAAAAGUGUGGGAUCACCUCUUUGGAAAGGAAAUGUUUAAGGUGGACUUUGCAGACACCAGUGUAGUGAUCACAGAGCCCUACUUCAACUUCACCUCCAUUCAGGAGUCCAUGAAUGAGAUCCUGUUUGAGGAAUACCAGUUCCAAGCAGCUCUCAGAAUUAAUGCUGGAUCCCUGAGCGCCCACCGCUACUUCCAGGUGAACAACCAGGAGCUGUGCUGCAUCGUGGUGGACAGUGGCUUCUCCUUCACCCACAUAGUCCCCUACUGCAGGGGGAAGAAAAUGAAGGAUGGGAUAUGCAGGAUCAACGUAGGGGGCAAGCUACUGACCAAUCAUUUGAAGGAGAUUAUUUCAUAUAGGCAGUUGCAUGUCAUGGAUGAGACCCAUGUGAUCAAUCAGGUGAAAGAGGAUGUGUGCUAUGUAUCCCAGGAUUUCUACAAGGACAUGGAUAUAGCACAGUUAAAAGGAGAGGACAACACAGUGAUGAGAGAUUAUGUGCUACCAGAUUUCAGCUCCAUCAAGAAGGGCUUUUGCAAGCCAAGAGAGGAGAUGAAUUUCACAGGGAAAUACAAGACCGGAGAGCAGAUCCUGCGCUUGGCCAAUGAGAGGUUUGCCGUCCCAGAGAUGCUCUUUCACCCCUCAGACAUCGGCAUCCAUGAGAUGGGCAUCCCUGAAGCGCUAGUCAACUCCAUCAACAACAUGCCAGAGGAGAUGCAGCCCCACUUCUACAAGAACAUUGUCCUCACUGGGGGUAACACAUUGUUCCCAGGGUUCAGAGAUCGGGUGUACAAAGAGGUCCGCUCCCUCACCCCCACCGACUUCCAGGUUUCUGUGCUGCAGCCACCCAAUCCAAUCUCCUACCCAUGGGAAGGAGGCAAGCUCCUGGCAGAAAACCCAGACUUUGAUGAGAUGGUGGUCACUCGCGAGGACUAUGAGGAGAAUGGACAUUUCAUUUGUGAAGAAAAGUUUGAUAUCUAAAGGACUUUAGUUGUAAUCAUUUGUCUCACAAAGGUCAUUGGGCAGAGGAUGGCUGAAGCAACUACAGCAGAUCCAACAAUUACUUCUUUUUUUUAAACUGAAAAUGUAAUUGGAAUUUAGAUUUCUAGUACUGUUAUUAUUGAAUCACAGGUAGUGUCCAUCAAAGGAGUGUAGAACUUACCAAUUCAUAUUUACCACUGGGUUUGCUGGCAAACCAUAAAACCAAAUUCUAACUCAAUACAGUAACAAACCACCCCUAAAGCCCCUCACUCAUCAUUAAAUUGCUCCAGUGAGUUUAUUUGCUAAGUAAACACAUUCCUCAAGAGUC